CCGCCCCGGGCCUGCUCUCCGGGACACUAGCCCCUCUCGCCAUCUCCCUCCUCCCAGGACCCGGCGGCCCGGAGCGCCUGGGCUCGUGCUGGCGCUUGCCCGCUGCCGGGCCGUAUGCCAGGGCUGGCAGGGCUCCGCGCAGGCGGGCGGGGCGUGCAGGAAGCGUUGCGCCGCGCCGGGGCCUCUGGGAGCAAGCGGGAGACUCUGGCGGCGAUCGGCUCCCGGGCCCGGGCAGCGGCUGUAAAGGUCUAAGUAGCAGGGGCGGGGCGGUGCUGGGCUGGUGCCACUAGGAGCUAGCGGCUGGGGACGCGUGGGACGCAGCCGGUGCUCUGAGAGCGGAACAGGAUAGAAGGUGGUGUGCUCAGUCCCCCAGGCCCUGACCUUCUCUCCUGCCAUGAGGUGGGGCUGCCAUUUGCCCAGGGCCUCUUGGGGCCCUGGUCUGGGAAGAGUACUCCAGCCAGCAGAUGAACGUAUCCCCUUCCUGAUCCACUGGAGUUGGCCCCUUAAAGGGGAGCGCCCCCUUGGGCCCCCUAGGGCCUUUAUACGCCAUCAUGGAAGCUCAGCGGGCAGUGGUCCCCCAUCAGGGAGACACGGGCAGUUGUUCCAGGGCAUCGCUGCAGCUGAAGCUAUCCAACGGCACCGCCAGAACCUGGCCGAGUGGUUCAGCCGGCUGCCUAGGGAAGAGCGCCAGUUCGGCCCAACCUUUGCACUAGACACGGUGCAUGUAGACCCUGUGAUCCGCGAGAGCAGCCCUGAUGAGCUGCUUCGCCCACUGGCUGAGCUGGCCCUGGAGCAUCAGCCGCCCUCUGCUGGGCUCCCUCCACUGGCCCUGUCUCAGCUCUUUGACCCAGAUGCCAGUGGGCGCCGGGUGCAGACGGUGGUGCUCUACGGGACAGUGGGCACAGGCAAGAGCACGCUGGUGCGCAAGAUGGUCCUGGACUGGUGUCACGGGCGGCUGCCAGCCUUCAAGCUGCUCAUCCCCUUCUCCUGCGAGGACCUGUCAUCCCUGGGCCCUGCGCCGGCCUCCUUGUGCCAACUUGUGGCCCAGCGCUACACAGCCCUGAAGGAGACUCUGCCUCUGAUGGCCGCUGCCGGUUCCCGCCUGCUCUUUGUGUUCCACGGCUUGGAGCACCUCAACCUUGAUUUCCGGUUGGUGGGCACAGGGCUUUGCAGUGACCCGGAGGAGUCAGAGGCGCCAGCUGCCAUCAUCGUCAACCUGCUACGCAAAUACAUGUUGCCCGAGGCCAGCAUUCUGGUGACCACCCGGCCCUCUGCCAUCGGCCGCAUCCCCAGCAAGUAUGUGGGCCGCUAUGGCAAGAUCUGUGGCUUCUCUGAUACCAACCUACAGAAGCUCUACUUCCAGCUCCGCCUCAACCAGCCAGACUGCAGGCACGGAGCUGGGGGGGUCUCAGCCACGCCGGCUCAGCGUGACCACCUGGUGCAGAUGCUCUCCCGGAACCUGGAGGGGCACCACCAGAUUGCUGCUGCCUGCUUCCUGCCCUCGUAUUGCUGGCUUGUCUGUGCCACCCUGCACUUCCUGCACGCUCCCACACCAGCCGGCCAGACCCUCACGAGCAUCUACACCAGCUUCCUGCAUCUAAACUUCAGUGGGGAGAUGCUGGACAGCACUGACCCCUCCAAGUUGUCCCUCAUGGCCUAUGCAGCCCGAACCAUGGGCAAGUUGGCCUACGAGGGGGUGUCCUCCCGCAAGACAUACUUCUCUGAAGAGGAUGUCCGUGGCUGCCUGGAAGCUGGCAUCCAGACGGAAGAGGAGUUUCAGCUGCUGCAUGUGUUCCGCCGGGAUGCCCUGAGGUUUUUUCUGGCCCCAUGCGUGGAGCCAGGGCACCUGGGUACCUUCGUGUUCACUGUGCCCGCCAUGCAGGAAUACCUGGCUGCCCUCUACAUUGUGCUGGGUUUGCGGAAGACGACUCUGCAGCGAGUGGGCAAGGAAGUGGCCGAGCUCGUGGGCCGUGUCGGGGAGGACAUCAGCCUGGUCCUGGGCAUCAUGGCCAAACUGCUGCCCCUGCGGGCCCUGCCCCUGCUCUUCAACCUGCUCAAGGUGGUUCCACGUGUGUUCUGGCGUGUGGUAGGUAAGAGCCGCGAGGCAGUGGCCCAGGCCAUGGUGCUGGAGAUGUUCCGAGAGGAGGACUACUACAACGACGACGUCCUGGACCAGAUGGGUGCCAGUAUCCUGGGUGUGGAGGGCCCGCGGUGCCACCCGGACGAGCCCACAGAGGAUGAGGUCUUUGAGCUUUUCCCCAUAUUCAUGGGCGGCCUUCUCUCUGCCCAUAACCGGGUAGUGCUGGCUCAGCUCGGCUGCCCCAUCAAGACCCUGGAUGCCCUGGAGAAUGCCCAGGCCAUCAAGAGGAAGCUGGGCAAGCUGGGCCGGCAGGUGCUGCCCCCCUCGGAGCUCCUUGACCACCUCUUCUUCCACUAUGAGUUCCAGAAUCAGCGCUUCUCCGCCGAGGUGCUCGGCUCCCUGCGCCAGCUCAACCUGGCGGGCGUGCGCAUGACGCCCCUCAAGUGCACGGUGGUGGCAGCUGUACUGGGCAGCGGAAGGCAUGCCCUGGACGAGGUGAACUUGGCCUCCUGCCAACUGGACCCUGCCGGGCUGCGCACGCUCAGGCCUGUCUUCCUGCGUGCCCAGAAGCUGGGCUUGCAACUCAACAGCCUGGGCCCCGAGGCCUGCAGGGACCUCCGAGACCUGCUGCUGCAUGACCAGUGCCAAGUUACCACCCUGCGGCUGUCCAACAACCCGCUGACGGCGGCGGGUGUGGCCCUGCUGGUGGAGGGGCUGGCGGGAAACACCUCGCUGAAACACCUGUCUCUGCUGCACACGGGCCUUGGGGACGAGGGCCUGGAGCUGCUGGCUGCCCAGCUAGACCGUAACCAGCAGCUACAGGAGCUGAAUGUGGCCUACAACGGCGCUGGCGACACAGCGGCCCUGGCCUUAGCCAAGGCUGCCCGGGAGCACCCUUCCCUGGAGCUGCUGCACCUCUACUUCAACGAGCUGAGCUCAGAGUGCCGCCAGGCCCUGCGGGACCUGGGGAGCACCACUGAGGGCAGUGCCCAGGUCGUGGUGUCACUGACAGAGGGGACAGCAGUGUCUGAGUACUGGUCAGUGAUCCUGGGUGAAGUCCAGCGGAACCUCAACAGCUGGGAUCGGGGCCGGGUCCGGCGCCACCUGGAGCUUCUGCUGCGGGAUCUGGAAGAUAAUCGAGGAGGCACCCUUAAUCCUUGGCGCAAAGCCCAGCUGCUUCGAGUGGAGGGCGAGGUCAGGGCCCUCCUGGAGCAGCUGGGAGGCCCUGGAAGCUGAGACAGUGGCAGCAGUGUGUGUCCCCUGGCCCCAAGCCGCUUCUGUCUGUGGCCUCCUAGCUUGCACUACCACUUCCAGAAAGAUCCCUUCAGGGCUGGAGGCAAAGGAAUGGGCACAGCUGUGCCAGUUGCUCUCCUGGGGCAUGUCCAACCAGUGCUUCCAAGUCUGGAGUUUUCAGGGUCACGGAACAUGCUUCCCCUCCCUUCGGCUAGAAGGACUGAAAGAUGUGGCGUUUUGGUGGCCACAUUGUCCUGUAGCACCACCACCAAUCUCCUCUUGGAUUGUGCCACCAGGGGGCACACUUCUUUCGUCGGCCUUGCCAGGGGCUUUGCCAUCCAGAUGUGUUGGAGGGCCUCCGCGUCCUGCCUUUAUGCUUUCUUGGGACACCCUGGGACCCCCAGGAUGCCAGCAGCCACUUUCCUCUCUCACUGGUGCUGUGUCCUCACCCUUGUUUCCCCUUCACCACAAUGGUACCCAACCUCGGUGGCCCCUAGGGGCAUGGGUGCUGACUUGCUGCUAUUAAAGAGCUGUGUC